GGAUACAUAGGUUCUCCUCCUUCAUGCAGACCUGAAUGUGUUACGAAUAGUGACUGUCCUCAAAAUAAAGCAUGUAGAAAUGAAAAAUGUAUAGAUCCAUGUCCUGGUUUUUGUGGAUUUAACGCGCUUUGCCGAGUCGUGACGCAUAGUCCUGUAUGUUCAUGCUUGCCUCAAUAUACAGGAAAUCCCCAUUAUGGGUGUGUUGUACCUGUAACUGAAACAUCAGUUAGUCAUAGAAAUCCAUGUGUGCCGUCACCUUGUGGUGCUUACUCAAUAUGUAAUACUUUAAACGAUCAAGCUGUCUGCUCUUGCUUGGUUAACAUGAUAGGAACUCCUCCAAAUUGCCGUCCCGAAUGUACUAUGGAUUCAGAAUGUUCGAGAGAUCUUACAUGUAUCAACCAAAAAUGUUCAAAUCCCUGCCCAAGUUCUUGUUCAAGUAACGCUAUAUGCAGUGUUAGAAACCAUAUCGUUUAUUGUGAAUGUCCUAAUGGUUUUACCGGAAAUCCAUUCAAUAGAUGUUAUCUCAUGGAACAACCAAAAACACCAGAUGCUCCAAAAGAUCCAUGUUAUCCAUCACCAUGUGGUUCAAAUGCUCUUUGCCGUAUUUCAGGAAAUCAAGCCAUUUGUGAAUGCAUAAAUGAGUAUCAUGGAAAUCCUAUUACAGGCUGUCGACCAGAAUGUGUAAGCAACAGCGAAUGCCUUAGUAACCUAGCAUGUAUUAACAAUAAAUGCAAAGACCCUUGCAUUGGAAUUUGUGGAUUUGAAGCUAUUUGCAAUGUUUUGAAUCAUAUACCAACAUGUUCCUGUCCUGAAGGAACUGCCGGAGAUGCAUUCCAAUAUUGCCAGAUAGUACCUAAAUAUGAAAAACCGGUUGAAAGCGAUCCUUGUUACCCAUCACCAUGUAAAACUGGAGCAAUAUGUAGAAGGUCAGGUAGUUCAGCAAUUUGUGAAUGCAUUCCAGGAUAUAAAGGAAAUCCUUACGACCGUGGGUGUUAUCCAGAUUGUACAAUAAAUUCUGACUGUCCUUUAACAAAAUCAUGCUCGAAUUACAAAUGUGUGGAUCCUUGUCAACAACACAUAUGCGGAUAUAACGCCUUAUGUUCCACAAUCAAUCACGUUCCAGUCUGCUCUUGCCCUGAAAAAAUGAUAGGAGAUGCUUUCGUUGAAUGCCGUUCUGUCCCCGAGAAGAAAAAUCCAUGUUAUCCAUCACCUUGCGAAAGAAAUGGAAUUUGUCAGGUUGUCAAUGGAAUUGCAUCGUGUCGAUAUCCUGAAUGUGUUCAAAAUGAAGAUUGUUCUCCGAGCAAAGCAUGCUUCAAUCAAAAAUGUGGAGAUCCUUGCAUCGGGUCUUGUGGUAUAAAUGCUUUAUGUAAUGUUAUCAAUCAUAAAGCUGUAUGCUCGUGUCCAAGGAAUUUUAUAGGGUCACCAUUCUUACAAUGUUCUAGAAUUCAAGACGAGCCACUUCCUCGUCCCGAAUGUACAAUGGAUGAAGAAUGCUCUAAUGAUAAAGCUUGUAUUGAUAAAAAAUGUAUUACUCCAUGUUCACCAGGAAUUUGUGGAAGGAACGCAGAAUGUCACGCUAGAAUGCAUCGACCAACAUGCGCAUGUCUUCUUGGAUAUACAGGAAAUGCACAAUAUUCUUGUUAUGAACUUGGAUGCCGAUCAAAUAAUGAUUGUGAUCCAUCUGAAGCAUGUAUCAACAAGGAAUGUGUAGAUGUUUGCCGUUCUAUUCAAUGCGGUCAAAAUGCUUACUGUAAAACUGAUUACAAUCAUAGAGGACGAUGCCAUUGUAUAGAAGGAUAUCGUGGAAAUCCAUUAAUUUCUUGCAAUCAACCUGAAUGUACGAGAGAUGAAAACUGCCCCUAUUAUUUGGCAUGCAGGAAUGAAAAGUGUGUUGAUCCUUGUAACUGUGCUCCAUCAGCUCAAUGUCAAGUGAAUAAUCACAUUCCAACUUGUCGAUGCCCUCCGGGAUAUAUCGGAAAUCCAUCAUUGUCAUGUGAGAAGAUUCCACUUAAGGAAGAACCUAGAUGUAGAAUGGAUGUGGAUUGUCCUAGCAAGCUUGGAUGUUUCAAUGGAGAUUGUAAAAAUCCAUGUUACGAGGGAAAACCAUGUGGUGCAAAUACAAUUUGCAGUGUUGUGAGUUCACUUCCGAGACGUACGGUUGUGUGUACCUGCAUUGAAGGUUACGUAGCUGAUGCAAACAAAGAAUGUAAACUUGCACUCAAAGACGAAUCGGGAUGUAAAUCCGACAAUGAUUGUCAGCUAACUGAAACUUGCCGAAAUCGAGUUUGUGUCAACCCAUGUAUAGAAGGAAAUCCUUGUGCAAGAACAGCGCAAUGUUCAGCUCAAAAUCAUAGAGCUAUGUGCUCUUGUCCUCAAGGUCUUAUUGGAGAUCCAUUUAUCAACUGCUUCCAAGAACCAACUUCCAAAGUAGAAUGUACUCAUGAUUCACAGUGCCCUGUAGAUAAAUCUUGCAAUAAUAAAAGAUGUCAAAAUCCAUGUGCUGAGAGCAACCCAUGUGCUAACAACGCUGAAUGCCGUGUGUCAUAUCAUCGUCCAUUAUGCUACUGUCCACCAGGAUGGGGCGGAGAUCCUAAAGAAAUAUGUUAUAAACCUGAAUGCCGUACCGAUGAUGAAUGUCCAUAUGAUAAAGCAUGUAACAACGAAAAAUGUCUUAAUCCAUGUGGAUAUAACAAAUGUGGAAAAGGAGCAGAAUGCCAUGCGCAGCAACAUCGUGCAAAUUGUAUUUGCCCUGCUGGCACUCAAGGCAAUCCUUUGAUUUCUUGUAUCAGUGGACUUUGUCAAUAUAAUGAAGAUUGCGCUGAUCAUGAGGCUUGUGAUCGUUUGAAUCGAGUAUGUCGCCCAGUUUGUGAUGAACAAUCAUGUGGAACAAAUGCUUAUUGCAAAGGCAUGAAUCAUCAACCUUCCUGUUAUUGUCAAGAGGGAUCCACCGGAAAUCCAUUUGUUGAAUGUUUACAAGAAAAAACAGCACCAAAACCAGAUUGUACAGUUGAUUCCGAAUGUCCAUCACAAUUGGCAUGUAUUAAUCAGCAUUGUGGUAAUCUCUGUGCUUUAUCCAACAUUUGUACGAGAGAUCAAUCUUGUUCUGUUCUUGACACACAUCCAUUAAGAACAGUUAUAUGUAAAUGUCCAACAGAUAUGGUAACCGAUGCAAAUGGAAAUUGCAAACUCAUAGUUCGUGAUCAACCUGCUUGUAUAAGCCACACUGAUUGUCCGUUAACAGAUCAAUGUGUUCGAGGUACAUGCAUUCUUGCAUGUCGUGCUGAACCUUGCGGAAUCAACGCUCAAUGUCUUUCACAAAAUCAUCGUGCAAUAUGUACAUGUGCACCAGAAUAUCAAGGAAAUGCUCAUAUUGAAUGUCUGCUGACACCACGUGACAAAGUUCCAACUCCACAAUGUUACACCAAUGACGAUUGUCCACUUGAUCGAACAUGUCAUAAUGAAAAAUGCAUUAAUCCAUGUUCUCUCAGAGAAUCUUGUGGCGAAGGAGCAUUCUGUCAUGCUGAAAAUCAUCGCAGCAUUUGCAGAUGUCCACCUGGUUAUAAUGGAAACCCCGAUAUUGCAUGCACUGCUGUUGAAGAGCCUAAAGUUGGCUGUAGAUCAAAUUCGGAGUGUUCAACAUCUGAGUCAUGUAUCAACGGACGUUGUGGUAGCCCAUGUAAUUGUGGUGAAAACGCAGAAUGCUUUGUAACUAAUCACUAUCCGGUUUGCACAUGUAGAUAUGGCUAUUCAGGAAAUCCACAAUAUGGAUGUUAUAAAUUAGGAUGUACAAGUGAUAUCGAAUGUUCGAAUGAUAAAACAUGUUACGAAGGUCAAUGUCUAGAUCCAUGUUCAUUAACAAAUCCAUGUGCAAUUUCAGCAAUUUGCUAUGGAAGCAAUCAUAGAGCAGCAUGCAAAUGCCCACCAGGACUUGAAGGCAAUCCUAUGGAGAGAUGUGAAAGAGCUGAAUGUUAUUCUGAUUACGAAUGUCCACAAAAUCGAGCAUGCGAGAACAAACGUUGUGUUGAUCUUUGCAUAGAGAGAAAUCCUUGUGCAAGCAAUGCAAUUUGCUUUGUUUCAAAUCACAAUGCUAAAUGCAGAUGUCCCGAAUCUAUGCCACUCGGAAAUCCAUAUUCAUAUUGCGAAAUGCGAACAAGAGAUGAGAAACCAGAAUGUCGUGUUGAUAGUGAAUGUCCCACUAAAUUGGUUUGCAUCGACAAUGUUUGCAAAAAUCCAUGCAUUGAAUUGUCACCAUGCGCACGUUCUGCCAAAUGCGAUGUUUACGACUCAUUCCCCAUUCGGACAAUAAUUUGUUCAUGUCCCGAUCUUUGGGCACUUGAUAUAACUGGAGAAUGUCGAAAGAUUCCACCACCUCCGAAAUCUGGAUGCAGCGCUGAUUAUGAAUGUUCUGACACAACAGCAUGCAUCAAUGGACAAUGCAGGAAUCCAUGUAAUUGUGGAACAAAUGCUGAAUGUGUGGUUAAAAGUCAUCGUGCAAUUUGUUCUUGCACUGAAGGAUAUGAAGGAAAUCCAGACAUUGCAUGUCGAACAGUCGGUUGUCGCAGCAAUUCUGAAUGUGACUCACAAAAGGCCUGCAUCAACGCAAAUUGCGUAAAUCCAUGCUUAUUGGAUGAUCCUUGUGGAGUGAAUGCUGAAUGUUAUGUUCGUAAUUAUCAAGCUGAAUGUCGAUGCUUAAGUGGAUAUCGUGGAAAUCCUAGAGAAGCUUGUAGAAUUAUUGGAUGUCAAAGUAACAACGAAUGUCCAUUGGAUAAGAGUUGCGUUAAUGAACAAUGCAUCAAUCCUUGUGUAUACGACAAUCCUUGUUCACCACGUGCUGAUUGUCUACCACAAAAUCAUUUAGCAAUUUGCAGAUGUCCACCGAACUUUGUUGGAAAUCCUUACGUUGACUGUAAGCCUGAAAUUAGACAUGAAUGUGUUUAUGACACUGAUUGUUCAUCAACUCUUGCUUGUAUCAACAAUAAGUGUAAAAAUCCUUGUGUUGAAUUCUCUCCUUGCACAAUGCCAGCCACAUGUCAAGUAACUCCAUCUUCACCUCUUCGAACUUUAAUUUGUAUAUGUCCGGAAGGUUACAUCAGCAGUGGCAGUGGAACAUGCAAACCAAUUGAAUCAGUUCGUGUUGUUGGAUGUGUUGCUGAUUCAUAUUGUCCACCAGAGAAAUCUUGCAUCAACAACAUUUGCCGCGAUCCUUGCAAAUGUGGCCAAAAUGCUGAAUGUCGCAUUAAAGAACAUAAACCAGUCUGUUCUUGUGAACAAGGUUUUGAAGGAAAUCCUGAGAUCGGAUGCGUGAAAAUUGGAUGUUCUUCGAAUGACGAAUGUUCAGGACAAGAUACAUGUAUCAACAGACGAUGUGUACCAGCAUGUAGUGCUGACACAUGUGGAAAUCUCGCUGAAUGUAUUGCCAGAAAUCAUCAUCCAUAUUGCGAUUGUCCACCAGGUUAUAGUGGUGAUCCAAAGGUUGGAUGUGUUUUAUUGGAAUGUACAAAAGAUUCUGAGUGUCCACAGAACAAGGCCUGUAUCGAUUUCAAAUGUGACAUCCCAUGUGAUAAGAUCGCUAAAUGUGACAUCAAUGAAAUCUGUACUGUUCACAAUCAUUUGCCCGAAUGUUCGUGCUUGCCAGGUUUCGUUUUUGAUGUUGAGAAAGGUUGCGUUUUAUAUGAUGAACCAUGUCGCAAGGAUGAUGAUUGUGAGAAACAAACUGCAUGCAUCGGUGGUGAAUGCUUAAAUCCAUGUAAUGUAACAGAACCUUGCGGUGUGAACACAAUUUGUAAGAUUCUUGACACUUCGCCAGUUCGUACAAUGACUUGUGCAUGCUUACCUGGAUAUCAAGGAAAUGCAGCAAUUCAAUGUGAUAAACGUGCAUUAUGUCCACCAGAUAAGAUUGUUGAUGACUUUGGAAGAUGUGUAUGUCCACCUGGUACUGCUUUGAACAUUUACGAAGAAUGUAUUGUUUGUGAGAUACACAAAGGAUACAAAAUUGACGAAUCUGGUCAUUGCGUAUGCGCCCUUGAACGUGGACUUAUUAUUGAUGAACGUGGAAGUUGCAUUUGUCCAGAAGAACAUGGAUAUAAAUUAACAUCACGUGGUGAUUGUAUUCGAAUUGAAAAACCUGAAUGUGAAACAAAUGAUGAGUGUCCCGAUUACCGAUAUUGUAACAUUGGAACAAAGACGUGUGAAGACCCAUGUGAAGAAAAUCUCUGUGGAACUAAUGCAUUCUGUAAUGCCACAAAUCACGUUGCUAUUUGUCAAUGUAUAACUGGUUACACAGGAGAUCCAUAUAAAUAUUGCAAUCAAACUAACAAAUUAAGAACCGAUUUCCCUAGACCGGAAAUGGCUGUCAGCUGUCUAGCAGAUGGAGUUCAAGUUGAAAUUCAUCUUGCAGAGACUGGUUUCAAUGGAGUACUUUAUGUUAAGGGUCACAGUAAGGAUGAAGAAUGUCGUCGUGUUAUCAAUCUAUCUGGCGAUACGUCUCCACGAACAGAAAUCUUUAAAGUACACUUUGGCAGCUGUGGACUAUUCCAUGUUAAUGGUUUAGCUAGUUUUGUUCUUGUCAUACAAAAACAUCCUAAACUUGUGACUUACAAAGCUCAAGCUUAUCAGAUCCGAUGUGUGUAUCAAACUGGUGAACAGAAUGUCACGUUAGGUUUCAAUGUUCAAAUGUUAACAACAGCUGGAACAAUCGCUAAUACUGGACCUCCACCACAAUGCUCUAUGAAGAUUGUCCGAAAUAAUGGUGAUGAAAUAAAUUCAGCUGAAAUUGGUGACAAUUUGAUGCUUCAAGUUGAAGUUCAACCAUCAACAAUUUAUGGCGGUUUUGCACGAUCAUGCGUUGCUAAAACAAUGGAAGAGAAUGUCGAAAAUGAAUAUAUUGUCACAGACGAAAACGGUUGCGCAACAGAUCCAAGCAUUUUUGGAGAAUGGGAUUACAAUCCAGACAGUAAUACUUUGAUGGCUAAUUUCAAUGCUUUCAAGUUCCCAUCGAGUGAUAACAUCAGAUUCCAAUGUAAUAUUAGAGUUUGCUUCGGCAAAUGUCAACCAGUGAAUUGUCGUGGUUAUAAUGCAUUUGGAAGACGUCGUCGUCGUGAAAUUACUGAUGAAUCACAACCACAGAACAAUACAAUUGCUACUCGAUCAACAAAUGAUGAUUUAGGUUUAGAAGGAAGUCUGAGAGAAGAAAUAACAAUCUCAUCAAAUGCUAUUUUAACAUUUGAAAGGCGAGAUGGUCGCUACAGCAACUCAGAUAAUUUGAAACCUGCGGCACAGCGAGUUGAAGACAUUUGCGUGUCAAUGAUAGGAUUGAUUAUUGCAUUAAUCAUAACUGCCUUACUUGCACUUGUAGCUGUAGCAAUUGCAGUCUCUUGUUGGUUGAUGGCCUAUAGAAGAAGACCAAAAACAACAGGUCCUUUGCCACAUCCACCUGAAUUCCCCAAUCCUCUCUUCACCAACCCAGAUGCUGUGCCAGAACCAUCACCCGAUUACUUAUCUUAAGUUGAGAUCGUAAAGAAAAAAGAAAUUACCAGCUUUAUUUACACAGAAGGUGUAAAAAUGAAUGAAAUUAAAAAAAGAAAAAACUAAAAAAAAAUGUAAAAAUUUAAUUAAUAAUUUUUUUUCAAUUUUGUCUGAUUUGAUGAUGUUUCGUACACAUCCUCAGACAUUUCUGAAAAAGUUUAAAAAAAUUGUAAGCAACUCCUUCAUUUGGUCGAAACUAGUCGUGUAUUACGUGUUUAAGUUUUUUUUGUCAAUUUUAAGCUCAUGCAAGAAAAAAAUACUGAUCGAAAAAUUAUUUAUUUGACAAAUGACAUUACUUCGUUUCAUCUUCAAAAUAAAUAAUUAAAAGGUGGAAGAAAAGAUUGUGAAGGAUAGAAUUAGCAUCGGCAAAAUUAUUCUUAUGCUUGUGAUAGCUAAAUCAUAUAAAUGCAUAAGAAUUGAAAUAAAUGAUGAAAGAGAAGCAUCUAAUAAUUAAAGAAAAAUCAGAUUUUUUAAAUAUAACCUGCCGCUAUCCAAAAUAUGUUCUAACGAUCGACGGUUCAGAUUUGUGAAUAAUUAAAGAUGAAAUGCCUGAAAAAACAUGAAUUAUGCACUGUGAAUUACCAUUAAACAAAUUGGUAAUUUAAUUCACUCGAAAAAAUUAAGCAUUUUAUUCUUCAUGCAUUCCAAGCAGAAUCGAAAAUAUUUAAAGAAAAUUCAUUUCUUCAUUUUCAAGGCAUGUAAAUAUGAAUUAAUUAUUAAAAAUAAUCACUGAAACGACCAAACGGAGGACUUGUAUUUAGAUGUUAAGGUUUAACUAAAAAGAAUAUAAUAUUUCAUAAAACAAUUCAUUUUAAAAGCAGAAUUGUUUGUUCUGACAGAAUAAUGACAAAAUUAUUUUUCGUUUUGCAGCGAAAUUUAAGGAAAAAUAAUUUUCUCAUUUCCACUGACACUCAAACUUUUCUUCACAAAAUUUAUUCCUCGUUUGCAAACAUGGCAACAUAAUUCAAAAUUAACAUUUUAUUUUCAUGAGACAAGAAACUAAUUUAGAUUUAGAACGAACUGAGCUGUUAAUUCAAUGUUAAAGAAAGUCACCAAAAAAUGUUCAACCAAGGAAUUCGCAGCACAAUAAUACUCUACAAUAGAAAUUUCGAUAUGGUUUAUGUACAAUCUGCCUGACAAAUGAACGAAUAAAAACUAAUUAAGAAAAAUAAAUUAAUCUAGUUUGACUAUUAUUGAGCUAUUAAGUAAAACAUGCUAAAUUCAUGAUUAAACUUGAUUAGACAUCUAAAAUAUUUAAACAACA